AUGACGGAGAGAAACACAGCCAACAAAAAAAGGUUUGGAUAUGUCUUCUCCAUUUUUUUGCAUCCUUCAGAUAACCCGGGAGCGGUGAUCACCACGUGCAUUCUGAAUGGAGAAAACUAUGAUAUGUGGGUGAAGGCGAUGAAGAAUGCGCUUAGAGCAAAGAACAAAUUGGGUUUUAUCGAUGGCACACCGGAGAAGCCGGCACCGGAUACACCGGAGGCGAAUAGUUGGUCCUCUUGCAACUCGAUGUUGAUUUCUUGGAUUUUCAACUCUAUCGAAAAAUCCAUUCAGCCGAGUAUAGCCUACGAGGAGACAGCUAAAGCUAUUUGGGAAGAUCUACGUGAUCGUUUUUCAAUUGGGAAUGCACCUCGGAUUCAUGAGUUGAAAGGUCAGAUUGCGUCAACUAGGCAAAAUGGGAUGACAGUGAUGGCGUACUACACGCAAUUGAAGAGCAUGUGGGAUGAACUCUAUAGUUAUUCUAAGGUGCCAAACAGUACUUGUGGAGCAGCACAUGAUUUUCUUCGUGAGCACGAAGAAGAGAAACUGCAUCAAUUUCUCAUGGGACUUGAUGACGCCAUUUUCGGUACGGUGCGAUCUCAAAUACUCAACAUGGAGCCUUUACCUCCUCUCAACAAAGCCUAUGCUAUGAUUAGUAAAGAAGAAAGACAUCGAUCGAUUGUGCGAGGACAAGAGGAGCGUCCAGAGGUGAUGGCAGAAUGA